UAUGAGUUUUAAACUAAUAAUCAUAUUUUCUAUCUUCAUUUUAAAACUUCUCCCACGAGAUAGAAUUUUUACAUCUGGAGAAAAGUUUACAAAUGGAAAACUAAUUAAUGUUGCUGACAAAAUGAAUAAUGCAACUUGUACAUCUUCAAAUGAUUUUCCAAGCAAUCCAUCAUAUACUUUCUUUUGUGAAAAUAUAAUGGAUCCUAUCUGGGUGAAUUUUAACUAUUGGGCUGCUAGCUGUAAUUCUGGACCGUGUAAUUUACAAUGGAUUAAUAUUACUUUUCAAAAACAAUAUGAUAUUGUAGAAGUCUGCUUAUAUCAGAGAACUCUUAAAGAAGAAAACAGAGUGAAUACAGCAACUAUUCAAAUGAAUAAUCAAAAUAAAACAUAUGUAUUAAGUGAUAUACAAACUUGCUUUUUAUUGGAAGAAGAUUUUGGUUCAAAAUCUUCCAGUAUCCGUCUUAAUACUGUAGAAUGUAGGAACUUAGGAGGAGGAAGUACAGGAUACAGUUCCAUUUCCGCUCUGGCUUACAGCAAUGAUCAGGAUUCAAUGGAAGACAAAGAUUAUGAAAAUAUCGCCCAAAUGGAAUCGGGAGCAACUUGUUCUAGUUCAUCAGAACUUUCAAUAAACAAGUGUGAAUACUCAUUAGAUUGGGCGUUUAGUACAAUUUGGAGAGCUGAUUGUUCACCCAUCUUUGACUGUGUUGGCCAAUAUAUAAAUGUAACAUUCGCAAGAACGACAAAACCAGAAAUAUUUUGUUUGGCAAACAUAGAUAAUAAUCACCGUAUAAAAAUAUUGGAAAUAAAAUGGUCUUCACAAUAUACUGAAAAUAUAACUUUACCUAAUAAUGGACUUCGAUAUUAUUUCAAUUACGCUAAUUAUCCGAGUAUUGAAAGUGGAUUUAUAUUAACUAUAAAAGAUUAUUAUAGUGGAAAUAAUCUUGGACUUGCUACUAUUCAAGUUUUUGCUAAAAGAAAUUUUAGCCGAGUUUAUACAAUUCAAACAGAAGAUUACGUCAUCUAUUACAUUCCAGAAAAAUAUCAAAAUAAUUUAAGAGCAUUAACGUUUAAAGUUCAAGGUCAAAAACACCCAGACUUGAAUAGUUGUUCAUCACUUUUAAUCAGUUUUAAAAAUGAGUCAUCAAUACAAUUCUCAAUACAGAUUGAUAUGAGUAAUAAUGUGGAAAAUCUAUUAAUUCUAGUUCAAGGUGAAAGCUUGUCUGUUAACAAGUUCAAAUUACCAAAAUCAUUGAUUGAAUGUGAAAAAUGGAACGAAUUUUGGUUUGAAAUUUUGAAUGGUAAAAUUUAUUUUGGUUCUGGAAAUUUCUAUGGAAGAAAUACUUUGGCCAUUGUAAAAGCCAAUAAUAUAAUAAAUAAUUUUACACAAAUCAUGUUAAAAAAUAAUGGAAGUGAUGUCAUCAAUCAUUUUCAAAUUUUGGAUUUAGCCAUAGUUGAAGGAACCAUUUUGGAAUUGACAAAAGGAACAAAGAAUAUUGAAAAGAUCAUGCCCAAAUUGUUAGGUAGUAAAAGAUAUAUCCAAUACAUUCCCAUAAUGCAAUCACUUUUGGUAGCCAUUUUGAAAUCCAGACAGGAAACAGUUCUGGGAUCUUCUAUGUUUUUCAUGGAAAACAAAACACAAACUUUAGAAUUGAUAUCAUUGGUUAUUGAUAGAGAUUCCAAAUUGAACAUGGCACCAAUUUGUUACAUUUGUGAAGAGAGAAUAUAUGGAAGACAAAAUCAAGAGAAAUGUCAGCUUUGCUGUCAUUUAUUUAAAAUACAUAAAAAAUGUUUGGAUUAUAAAGAUCAAUCAUUUUAUUGUAACAUUUGCUGUGACAUAUCAAUGAAGAAAUGCAUUGUUGCACUUCAAAGGCUACCUUCUAGUGCAUCUGCUAAUGAAGAAAUAAGACAAACACCAAAUUUUGAUACAGCAAAUAAUAGAAAUGAGCAAACUAUUGUUUGUGAAAAUCAUUGUGGAAAUUCAAGUGGAAAUGAUACAAAUGGCAGUAUUAUGGAAUCACACAAUGUUUUAGUUGAAGAUCUUCCAGCUCAGCAAAAUAAUAUGAUGGAAGUUUCAUUUAUAGUUUCUCCAAAAUCAGAUUGUGAGAAAGAAAGUUAUUCAUUUAAAAUCUUAAAGGGAAUGAGCCAGAAAGGAAAAGAUUUGCUACUUUUCAACAAUUUCUGCUACAAUAUUAAAGAAAAAAGAAACAAGACAACAUUCUGGAUAUGCAGUGUUAGGAACAAAAGAAACAAAUGUUCAGCAACAGUUAGUCAGCAUGGGAACAGUUUUUAUCCUGGAAAGUUAUCCCAUUCUCAUGAAAGAGUACCUGAUUUGGAACAAAAAAUAAUGAUUAGGAAUGAACUAAAAAAUGCUUGUAAUAAAGAUAUCAGUAGUUCAGGAAAACGUUUAGCUGAAGAUGUUCUGGUGAAACAUUGUAGUUCUGGUGAAGUUAUUCCAUCUCUAGAUAAUUGUACAAGACUGGCAAACUGGACAAGAAAGAAGUUUAGACCAGCUGAACCUCAAAGUAUUCACUUCAACUUGGCUAAAACUUUUAUUCCUGAUGAUUUUUUACAAAUGGAUAUACAAAUGGAGAAUGAUAGAAUACUAAUAUUUUCAACUACAAAGCAAAUUGAAUUAUUAUCUAAAGGCAAAAUAUGGUUUAUGGAUGGCACAUUUAAAUGUGUGAAAGACCCUUUUUAUCAACUUUUUUCUAUUCAUGGAUUUAUAAAAAAAAAUGGAGAAAUAAAACAAAUUCCAAUGGCUUUUGCUUUUAUGGGAUCUAAGAGAAAGACAGCCUACAAGAAAUUAUUUAAGGCAAUACAAGAUUUAACAAAUGGGCAUAGCCCCAAAAAAGUUGUUGUAGACUUUGAAAAAGCUAUUUGGAAAGCACUAUCAUUCACUUAUCCUGAAGCAAACAUUAAAGGGUGUGUUUUUCACUGGACACAGGCAAUAUACAGAAAGAUUCAAGAAUUAGGAUUAUGUAAGAUGUACAAGGAGAAAAAAGCUGAAUAUAGAAUCAUGAAGAAAUUAAUGGCAUUACCAUUCCUGCCCUCUGAUCUGAUAGAACCAACAUUUAAGACUAUUAAAGAAAUAAGUCCUAUUGAAAUGAAGUCUCUAUUGGAGUACAUUGAGACACAAUGGAUAAAUGGAUUUUAUAAACCAGAGGUAUGGUCUGUUUAUGGUGAGGCUAUAAGGACAAAUAAUGAUCUUGAAGGAUGGCAUCACAGGCUUAACAAGAAUCUUUGCUCUAACACUGCAUUCUAUUUGCUUUUAGAUGAACUGAAAAGAGAGGCUGAUCUGAUAAAGCUAUAUAAAAAAUUACUGAGUGAAAAGAAAAUUUGUAGACAGCAAAGAAAAGCAUAUCAGAAUAUUCAGAGCAAAAUAUUCAGCUUAUGGGAACAAUUUGAAAUUGCCUCAAUUACCUCCCUGGACUUACUUGAUAAAGCUUCUGACAUUUAUUCACCAGUUUAA